AUGUCUCAGUCCGACGAGAAGAUGCUGCCCGAAGCAGUCACAGAGUCAACAAACACAUCAACCCAAUCACCAGCCAAAGACGAAAAAGAGCUUACCAAUCGGUCGGCCUUCGUACUUAUCGGAGCCUUCUGCGCCUUCUUCUGCAGUGUCGGAUUCUUCAAUGCAUGGGGCAUCUUCCAGGAAUACUACCACGCCCAUCAGCUAUUGAAAAACUCCGAGUUUGACAUUUUAUGGAUUGGCAGCUUCUCGAUUUGCGCCAUGUAUCUCAGUUCUCCUGCGGUUGGAAUCACCUAUGACAAAGUCGGUCCAAACAUGCUGUUAAUCAUAGGCAGUAUUGGUGCCCUCUUCGCCAUUCUUAUGGUUUCGCUUUGCAACGAGUAUUACCAAGUCUUCCUUGCGCAGGCUUUGGUCUUUGGUGUCAGCUCUGCUUUUCUGGUCACCCCUUCUUUGUCGACACUCACCAAAUACUUCCGCAAGAAUCGUGCUCUUGGGAUGGGCAUUAUUUCUUGGAUUUGGCUGGACUAUUAG